CCAUUUCUCAUAUUUGCAUGUUCACAUUUUCCAACACGGAUAAAACACGCCUCACUAAGCCCCAAAAUCUUACACUUUCAUGUCGCCCAGGCUCGGGCCCCAAUAAUUACAAAGAGUGCAUAUCCCCAUCAAGAGACGUAAUAUAGCCGCGGCCUUUUACCGGACUCCCCAAUGCCCAUUGUCGAUAUAUCUGUCCUGAGGCUCACACCGCGCCCUGUCUCAUCCACUCGCAACCUGUUGUUGGACACCGCCAUGAGUUGGGUCGCCUGCAAUAAUCCCAGACGAUGCUGGUGUCGGCACUGUUGUUCCUCGGCCUCGGCUUGGCACGGGCAGAUGACAGCUUCGUCCGUUCGACCCAAGACCCGCAGAUACCUUCCGUGUACGCCAUUGGAGCGCCCAACGGGUCCUUUGCCAAGGUCAAUGGCAGACUGUUUGAGAUUGACGGCAGGACGGGCUACUUUGCAGGGACUAAUGCCUGGUGGCUCGGCCACUUGACCCGCAACGAGGAUGCAAAGUACAAGAUCGUGCGCGUGUGGGGCUUCGGCGACGUCAACAAACCCACAAACCCGGACGCGGCGGAUCUGUACCGCGUCUGGUACCAGCUGAUCAACGGCACGGGGGCAGCCUUCAUCAACUACGGCAGCGACGGGCUGCAGCGGCUCGACUACGUGGUGCACCGCGCGGAGCAGCUCGGCCUGAAACUAGUCCUGCCGUUCGUCAACGAAUGGCCCGACUGGGGCGGGCGCGAGGUGGCGUACGCGCCCGCGUGCAGCUUCGAGCCGACGUGGUACGAAGACGCGGGGUUUCAGGCCGUGUACCGGGCGUACGUGCGCGUGCUCGUCACACGCUACCGGGCCAGCCCGGCCGUCUUCUCGUGGCAGCUGUGCAACGAGCCGCGGUGCUCGCAGUGCGACGUGUCGGUCAUCGCCGCGUGGGCCGCCGGCGUGUCGGCCUACAUUAAGAGCCUCGACCCACUCCACAUGGUCUCGCUCGGCGACGAGGGCUGGUUCGGUCCCACGGCGGGGUAUUCGGAUCCCAGCGGAUCAAACUAUGCGUACGAGGCCAAUGACGGGGUCGAUUUUGUCACGAAUCUGAAGAUUCCGACGCUCGACUAUGGCGUGUUCCAUCUUAUCCCAGCUGGUGGAGCUAUCCGUAUGAAUGGGGCCAACAAGCCCGUGAUCCUCGAGGAAUACGGAUCGCCCGAGCGCGGCAACCACACGCGCGUGCUGGCUCCCUGGCUCGACACCAUCGUCAAGUCCGGGCUGGCGGCCGAGCAAGUGUGGCAGUUUGGCCCGGCCAACGUGUCGGCGAACUCGGCCGACUUUGGCGACGAGUUCACCGUCUACUACAACUCGUCCGAGUUUGCGCUGCUCGGCGCUAAGCAUGCCCAGGAUAUGCUAGAUAAGGGGGGGUGA